UGUAGGUGUGCAAAUGGAUAAAAACGUACCGCUUUUGUAAAUCUUCUCAUUAGAUCGAGCUACCACUCUAAGAAUAAGUUAUCUGCUUUUAAACUAUCGCCAGACAUAUAUAAUUAUUGUACAAAAUAUAGUUCUACGUUAUCGUUUCAACUGAAUCAUGAAGACCAUUCAGUACCACCCACUAUUGCAAAUAACUGAAGAUGAUAUAAAAAAGGUACGGAAGUUCUACAACCUCGAGGACGAAAUUAUGAUUCGGGACAGUUUAGAAGCUAUUGAAGAAUGGUGCAAGAAACAAGACCAUCUAGUAAAUGCAUAUCAGCACUUGCAUCCAAAUAUGUUCGAACGUCUUUUUUUAUUAUCGAGUGGGUCGGUUGAAAUGACGAAGAUGAAAAUUGACAAACUCUUCACUAUGAGAGGAAUGAUGCCUGAAUUAUGUCUAAACAAGUCUUUGGAUGAGUUCGAAAACCUCUCGGAGUGUCUCCACUACGUACCGUUGCCAAAACUAAAUCCUGCCGAUCGCUCACGAGUGAUGGUGACACAAGUGAUAAGUGGAAAAUGGGAGGAGUUCAAUCUGUUAUCCUAUAUGAGAUAUUGUUACCUUGUUGGAGAAUACAGACUCCAUUUCGACUACAGUAUAGCUGAUAGGUACAUUAUAGACCUGAAAAAUAUCGGCAUCAGCAUAUUGACUAAACUAAAUCCAAUAGUUUUGAAAAAGGGAGAAAUUUUAAGCACAGAAGGCUUUGGCACAAAGAUAAAAGGGAUCCAUUUGCUUAACGCUCCAUCGUUCGUCGACAAAUUUGUGUCACUGAUCAAACAAGGCUUAAAAGAAAAAGUUGCAAGCCGGCUUCACGUGCAUAAUUCGUAUGAAGAACUUCAUAACGAAAUAUCUAAAGAAAUUCUUCCCAAGGAAUACGGUGGCGAUGGGCCUAGUUGUGAAAAAUUAGCAGCACAAUGGCGAGACACUUUAAAAACAAAAGAAGGUAUAAAGAUAAUAGAGGAUAGCAAUGAACUUGUAACUGACGAAACUAAACGAACUACAUCAAAAUUCAACGAGGAAUACUUAGGAAUGCCUGGGUCUUUUAGAACUUUGAUGGUCGAUUAAUUAAAGUUUAUAUUAAGUUUUGAACUUAUAUUCAGUCAACAUAAUUUAUUUUAAUAUUGUAAUAAUGUUAUUUUAUCGAUUAAGAGACGUUAGCCCUUGACUGUGAUCUCACCUGGUGGUAAGUGAUGAUAAUAUAGUCUAAGAUGGAAGCGGGCUAACUUGGAAAAGGUCUGGAGGAAGGAAAUCCAUGCUCCUUAUCAGUUCAUAAACGCAUAGAACGGGACCCUAAGUCACUUGGUAAUACGGCUUUGCCACAAUGGUGGUACCUAGCCAUGAGCUAGCUAAAAAUGUUAUUUUAUUCAUAAAAUGCUUGGGUAUACAGUGAAUGUCGCACAUAUUUUUCAAACCGUAUAUGUAAGUAAGUAAGGCAUACCUUACUUGCGCUUGUACAAAAUGUAUGGGAACUCAAGUGCUUGCUUUAACUUAGGUAGCAUAUAAUAUGAACCAAAUGUCUUGGUCACAGCAACCCUAUACGGGCAUUAUUUUUUAUUAAUCCACAUGAUAGUUUAUAAUUUUAUAAAUAAAAUGUUUGUUGUUACAUU